CGGUGGCCGGAAGCGGAAGUAGCGGAAGCGGAUGUAGCGGCCGCGUCCCCCUCUCGCCGUCAGCAUGCCGGGCCGUGGCCGUUCCCGCGUCCCCGAGCGGUGGACCGACUACGUCCCGCUGGGCCGCAGGCUGCCGGGCACCCGCUUCAUCGCCUUCAAAGUGCCGCUGAGGAAGAGCUUUAAUCAGAACCUUCAUCCAGAGGAGAGAUUUUCACCUUGUGACCUCAUUGAGAAAAUCAAAGAGCAGAAAGAAGAACUGGGACUCAUCAUUGACCUGACAUACACAACGCGCUACUACGGACCGGAGGAGCUACCAGCUACACUUGGCUAUUCAAAGAUCCUGACAAUGGGACACGAAAUACCAAACAAUCAGACUAUUUUUCAAUUCAAAUGUGUUGUAGAAAACUUUCUGAGAGACAACAAAGACAAUGACAAACUUAUUGGAGUGCAUUGCACACAUGGCUUAAACAGAACCGGCUACCUGGUUUGUAGGUACCUGAUUGAUGUUGAAGGCAUGGAGCCAAACGCUGCAAUAGAGUUGUUCAACAGAGCUCGAGGGCAUCCCAUUGAGAGAAUGAACUAUAUUGAAGAUCUUCAGAGAAGAUCUAGAAUGAAAUGUGAACUGAAGAAUUUGGGGUCAGUCCCCCUCAAAGGAAGAGUGGACACUACGUUGAACACUAGAAAGCAGACGGCAGAACAUCGCCCACAGCGUUCGAAACACCUCCUGUUAACAACAUCCAGGAAUUCUGGCUGUGCUAAGAAGAAGAAAAAGCAGCAUCACAGGGUGCCCGAACAACACCAGGAGCUUGUGCACAAACCUGGGAUGACUGAGGAGAGGUGGCCUUGCAGUUUGGGUCUGAGGAACUGUCCGGUUUCUUUGCCUUACAACAUGCAGCACAACAAAGCGUGCUUCCUAGCUCCAAGUCCCUCCCACCAACAACCACAGGAAACGCGCGCGGCCAGGAAGCGUCGGCGGCGGCGUAAGAAACGCGUGACAGAGUUGAAAUGCACAACAGCAUCCACUCAGGGCUGUGUUUCCACAAAGGAGUUGCACAGAGGCUCCAAACUGAGUGAACUGUGAUAUCCACCAGCAGCUGAGCUGGAUGCUGGGAACUGCAAGCGGAGGUGUUCUUGAGAUCAGCACAGCUCUCUUCUCUCUUUAUUUUUUUUUUUCCCUUUUUUUUCCCCCUUUUUUACACUCUUCUGGGUACUUUUUACAACUGACUCAGAAUUUUCGAAUUUCUAGGUCGUAUCCUGCAGUCCUGGCUCCAUUUCUCAAGUGAUGGAGGGAAUAAAUGGAACUGGAUUAAUUCUAA